CUAAGGAGGUUCAGGUGGAGUCCAGCGACGAAGCUGAGUCCGCCUCUGUUCGGAGGAUCAGGAGGGCGGAGGCUCCCCUUCGUCCGGCUGGUGACGGUAUUAAUUCGUUGUACAUGGGUAAUGAUUUUUUGUUGAUUAUUUGUUUUUCUGCAAGUUUUGAUUGACUUGGUCUCAUGUUUUUGGUUUAUCUUUCAGCGGAUGUUUUUGCUGGGCUGGCUACCGCGGAGGAGAUGGCUAAAGGCGCCAGCGUUGCGCAGGAAGGGCUUGCCGUUCCUCCGCCGCGUGAGCCUGCGCCUUCUGCGUUGGCCAACAGGCCUUCGCCUGCUGAUGUUCUUGGUCCCGGUGCUUCUGAUCCUUCGAUCACAGAUCGUUUUCGUCAGAAGCUCCGCGGCAUGGACUUUGACACGCUCCUUCGCGUGCAAUAUGAGCACCAUAGCCUUGGUCAUCACAUGGCUGCCGCCUUGGAGGAGCGUUGCUCCCGGGAGGUUAUCUGCCGUGAUGAGGCGAUUGGUGCUCUGAAGAAGGAGAACGAGACCUUGGAGGCUGAGAAGGCUCGUCUGUCGGAGGAGGUUAAGGAGUUUUCCUCCGUCAGGAAGGAGAUUGAUUCCCUGAGAAAGGAGAGGGAUGACUAUAAGGUUGGAUCGGAGGUUCUGAAGAAAGAGAAAGAAGAUGCCGAAGCUUCGGCGGCGGUCCUCCGCACAAGUGUCGCUGAGGCGGGGAGAGUUAGGGACUUAGCCCUGCAGCGAGCCGAGAAGGCGGAGGACAUUGCUGAACGCCUUCGCAAAGAGCUUGAUGCUGAGCGGACGUCUGCGGUUGAGCUGCAGACUCGCAUACAGAAGGCGGAAGCGGAGGCUGCAGCUAUUGUUGGGCUCUAUGCCGACUCGCUUGCGAAGUGCUGUUGA